CGGAGCGCAGAAGUCCAUCGCUGUUGGUCAGAAUCCGCUUCCAGGGACAAUGACAGGGAAUCUGUGGGGAUAUGGAAAAGAGGACGGUCCUUCUGUGUGGCACAAAAACUACCCCGUCGCCCAGGGGGACCGGCAGUCUCCCAUUGACAUUGUACCCAAUCAGACUUCACAUGACCCCAGUCUGGGUCCUGUCGUCCUGAACUACGACCAUUGUACCUCCAUCAAAAUCGCCAACAAUGGACACUCUGUUGUUGUGGACUUUGAGGACUCGGAUGACCGCUCAGUGAUCCGGGGAGGCCCUCUUGACAACCCCUACAGGCUGAAACAGUUUCACUUCCACUGGGGCGUAAAGGGCUGCCACGGCUCUGAGCACACUGUCGCAGGAAAUAGCUAUGCUUCUGAGCUUCAUUUAGUCCACUGGAAUGCUGUCAAGUACACAACGUGUGGGGAGGCGGCAACAGCUCCUGAUGGCCUCGCUGUCCUCGGCAUCUUUUUACAAACAGGUGACGACCAUAGAUGGCUCAACAUGAUGACAGACGCUCUGUACACGGUGAAGUUUAAGGGCAGUGCUGCAGAUUUCAAAGGUUUCAACCCCAAGUGCCUCCUGCCGAGCAGCCUCCACUAUUGGACCUACCUGGGAUCCCUGACCACACCCCCCCUGCACGAGAGCGUCAUUUGGAUCGUUGUGAAGGAUCCAAUCACAGUGUCGGAAAAACAGCUGGGCAAGUUAAGAACUCUUCUGUUCACCGGAGAGGAAGAGGAUCAGAGGACACGCAUGGAAAACAACUUCAGGCCUCCCCAGCUUCUCAAAGGCAGGCGUGUGCGUUCCUCCAAUUAAUGUGACCUCGAGAGAUCUGAUGUCGUAGGCGACAAAGGUUUUUCUUAUUUUUAACUGUAAAUGAAUUGAUUUGAUUGUAUUUUAUUAUCUCAUGGUAGCUUGUCUUGAUUUCUGAUCUACUUUGCACAGAAGUGUAAUUCUCAUUGUUGCCAGCACAUUGACACACGUGUCCCUCUUCUGGUCAGACGCUUCAGUGACAUAUGUUUUUAGGGAAACAAAAGAGAUGUCAUGAAGCAAUGUAAAAUUAUCUCUUUGAAAGGUUUGUUAUUUGACUGUUCUGUUUUAUUUGGUGAUAUUUUCACAUUAUGACGCGCUAUAUGUUAAUACAGAUUUGAAUGUGUUACAAAAGCAAGCUCUUGUAAGCUGCUACCAUAUGUAACUAUUGUAUUGCAGAGUAGUAUCAUACCACUCUGCCUCGGCCUCCUCACCGAUCCUGAUUGAGCCUCUGUUGAUGCAGCCCAUUUUACUGGUGGCUUUCCAGUCCCUGGGGUCGUAGAUCCCUUGUAGUCCAACAAUCCCAACUGAAGGUGCUCCGUUUGGCCAUGACUUAGGGUGUGAAAGUCUCUGGUCCUUUAGAGCUCAAGAGACUUGAGAUAUCUGUCUCUGGGAGAUAAUUAUUUUUUUUGUUAAAUAUGGAGAGCUUGCUAAAAUAAUGUGUUCAAAGCGAUUUCUCAUUUGGGAUUUAUUAUUUAUCUCUUUCAGCUUUAAUGAGAUACCAUGUGAAUUCAAUAUUUGAAUCAAACUUGAAAUCUUUGGCUUCAAACUGCAUCUUGCAGAUGCGCUGCAUUCCCCCGUGCUGUGUUUCUACUACAAAGGAUAUGAGGCGAUUCACAUAGUUAUCAACAGCUAACCUCUGGAGCUGCUCUUGUAAGAGAAAGGCAUGCCUAUUCCAGGAUGUAACUGCUUGGUGUCUCUUGUGAGACUUGUGGCAACUUUGUCUAAAGGCAGGUCUUUAUUCAGAUAUAGAUCUAGAUUUUAUUAAUGUACACAUAAACGUGUUCACAUACAAUAGCUGACCCUUGUCCCUGUUAUCUACAAUAGGAUUUGAACCAAUGAGUCAUUCAAGCAAAUGUUUAAACUCACUAAUCAGAAGUAGCCAUACUGGGCUCAAGGUAAUUAGUAGCCAGGUUUUAGCCCAGGGGGAUGAGGGGCGAAGAGAUGGAACAUGGACUGUUCAGUCAAUUAUUUACUAACUAUUUCAAUUGAGCUGGUUUUAUCUAUCCCUUUCAGAAUGCUAGGGUGUUCUAUAGUUUAUAAUAUCAAGAGACUAAAAUUAUCAUGAAUGCAAAUGGCUUUGGCUGUAAUGUGGAGGGAGGCCAUUACACCCAUUUGAUCCUCUUCCUAUGCUUCUAUCUUGGUUUUCUGAAUGGGGCAAAAGGAGAAAGAAUGUCCUUGUAUCAAUAAAGUGUCUUAUAUGAUAUUGCAAUAAAUAAUAUGUUGAUUAUCAUUUAUCUCUGACCCACUUAAAUAAGAUACUUAAAUGAACAACUUUGUGUCAAUGAAUAUGCCAAUGUAAUUGUAUUUAUUCUCAGUUUCCCCAUGAACAAAUAAUAAUGAAUUGAAGUCUGUGGUUACAAUAUGUGUCCAGCUGAUGGCCACAUGGUCUAUUUGCAAACUAAAAUCCUAGAUAUAUAUUUGUAUCCAUGUUUUGAAUGAUAAUUGUUAGAAAAUAUGAAUGGUUAAUAAAUUUACAUCAACUAUCAA